AUGGCCAAGUCCAUUCUGGCCGUCAAUGCCGGCUCGUCGUCUGUUAAAAUCACCUUUUAUACAUUCGACAACCCACCCAAGACAAUUGCCGACGCACAGGUAUCAGGGAUCACGGCACCGCCUUCGAUGCUGAAGUAUCAGCGGGGAGCCUCGAAACACAAGGAGGAGCUGAAGGAGCAGCUGAACACGCCGCAGGGCGCAUUCAAGUACCUCCUGCAGCGCUGUUUCAACGACCCCGAGCUAUCGGAGGUCGCCAGUGACAAAGAUCUGUCGUAUAUCUGCCACCGAGUCGUUCACGGCGGCGACUAUCACGAAGCGGUGGAAAUCACCGACGAGACAGUUCAUCAUUUGGAAGCAUUAGAGGACCUUGCGCCGCUGCACAACUUUUCCGCGCUGGAAAUUAUCCGUCUUUGCAGAUCAGAGUUGCCUAAAGUCAAGAGCGUCACGUUCUUCGACACGGCGUUCCAUCGGACCCUGCCCGCCUACGUCAAGACGUACCCCAUCGACCAGGAGGUCGCCAAGGCCAACGGGCUGCGCAAGUAUGGGUUCCAUGGGAUCAGCUACUCGUUUAUUCUACGGUCCGUGGCCGAGUUCUUGGGAAAGCCGCAAGACAAAACCAAUUUGAUUGCCAUGCAUAUCGGGAGCGGAGCUUCGGUUUGUGCCAUCAAGGAAGGCAAAUCAAUUGACACUUCUAUGGGGCUCACUCCCUUGGCCGGACUGCCUGGUGCUACACGCAGCGGCGACAUUGAUCCCUCUCUAGUCUUCCACUAUACCAACGAAGCCAGCAAUCUGAGCCCGAGCAGCACCAAAGAAAUGCACAUCAGCACGGCCGAAGAAAUCCUAAACAAGAAAUCCGGCUGGAAAGCCCUAACCGGCACGACAGACUUUAGCGAAAUCGCCGUGGAAAAGCCCCCCUCAGCAGGCCACCAGCUCGCCUUCGACAUCCUGGUCGACCGCAUGCUGGGGUAUAUCGGCAACUACUACGCCAAGUUGGGUGGGCAGGUCGACGGGCUGGUGUUUGCCGGCGGCAUUGGCGAGAAAAGUGCACUAUUGCGCCGGAUAUUGGCGGAGAAGUGUGCGUGUUUUGGCAUGGCGAUCGACUCGGUGGCUAACGACAAGGGGCCGGACGAGAACCAGACUGUGAAGGAUAUCUCCAAGGGAGAAGGAGGAGGCGGCAAGGGGCCGCGGGUGCUUAUUUGUCAGACCAAUGAGCAGUUCGAAAUGGCGUAUCACUGCGUUUGUGCGCGGUCUUGA